GAUCUGGAACUUUUUCAUUAUGUCGGAUUUCGGUGACGUUGAUCUUGAUCAGCUUCUUGAUAUUGAACGGGAGAUUGGUAUUGAGGAUACGGAAAAUGUUCCACCUGUCCUACUCGAUACAGAGGGAAGCUUGCCAAAACGACAACUCAUUGAAAGCGAUAUCACCUUACAACCCUUGCCUCCAAAACGCCCAAGAAUUACGAUGGAUCCUGUCACUAGCCAGCUGGUUGAUAACCCUAACUCACUGAUUUGUUCUCAGCCGCUUCAAGAUCAGCGCAGAAAUUCUUCAACUUUGUAUAAGCGGAUCCCCCUCUCCGGGGAUUACACCUCUGUCACAUUCCAGAACGGAACAAGGUACUACCUGACCAUAGAGGAAGAUGAAUCGACUGUCCCAACCCGUGAUUUCAAAUUUCAGCCUGUUGGGCUUGUUGAAGAAGCUGAGCGUUUGUUGCGGUUACGCCAGACUGCUCAUUAUUCAAAUCCAGAGGAACAACCCCGAGAUCACAUUGAUACUGCUGUGUCCGAAUUAUGGACUAAAAGACAUGCUCCAGGGCAUUAUAUUGAUCUUAUUUCUGAUGAGCACAAUUUAGAUUCAUUUCAUUUCUAUCAUUCCAAGACGACCAACCGGACUCUUUUGCGAUGGCUCAAAGCAUGGGACCCAUACGUUUUUGGCGCCGAACACGUACUGGCCAAAACACAGAGCGCAACUACUGCUAGUUCAGCUGCUACGCCAGUUGGUUCCUUCGCGGCGUCUUCACGUGCAUGGGUCGAUUUGGAAAGAAUGGCGGGUGAAAUCGAUCCAAGAGAUGGGCUUCCUCGUUAUAGAGUUGUUCUUCUUGCCGGCUGUCCUGGACUGGGAAAAACUACACUGGCACAUUUGCUGGCACAACAUGCCGGUUACCAGGUGAUUGAGAUGAAUGCCAGCGAUGAUCGCACCGUCUCAGUCUUCAAAGACCAACUAACUGCAAUCGUGUCCAGUUCCACUAGUUUAAAUACUACCGCUCCAAGUGACUCCGGAACUGGGUGCUACAAGCCGUGCUGCUUAAUUUUAGACGAAAUCGACGGUGCUGUUCCGGCCGCAGUAGAAUUACUGGCAACAGCUGCUCGGGCAGUGCUUCCACCUGCCGGAGCUGAGCGACGUGCCCGUGGCAAGCGAAAUACCACUCCGCUGGUGCUUCGUCGUCCGGUUAUAUGCAUUUGCAAUGAUCUCUUCUCUCCCGCGGUCCGGCCACUCCGUGCUCCUGGUGUGCCCUGUUUAGUGAUACGUCUGCCAAAUGUAGACCUGGGGCGGCUGAUUACGCGACUGGAAACCAUUUGUCGGAAAGAAGGUUUGAUGGUGGAGAAGAUGGUGUUAACCCAACUGGCCGAAAUUGCUGAAAGGGACAUCAGAGCGUGCCUAAAUGCACUGCAGUUUCUCAGAGCGCACCUUGGUUCGGAGUGUGGCAACAAGGCAAACAAAAACCUAUCUGCAGAAGACUUGUUCACCCUUAUCGGCUUUGGUGGUGGUUUCAAGGAUGUGCAGCGCAGUUUGUUUGAUGUUUGGAAGGCUGUUUUCACCAUCCCUUCAGCCAGGUUGCUGGCCAGUCGGAUUGAAAGCCGAAGUCGAAUCCUCAGCGGGGCAUACCCACAUCACAAUGGUGUCAGUACGCAACAACAACAACAACCGAAAACUCGUGCCAACUAUGACAGUGAAACAACUAUUGCAGCCCGCAUACAGCACGUUUGUGAAGUUGUUGAUUCAGCUGGUGACGCCUCUCUGAUCGCAAUGGGAAUUUUCGAAAACUAUUUGAAUAGUCGAAUGAAGGAUGCCAGUUUGAAUGUGGCCCGCCAAGCAGCCAAUUGGUUCGUAUUCCAUGACCGGUUAUUCACUCACAUCUUGUCACGAGCCGACUACAGCUUGAUGCGCUACACAACCUGGCUACCGGCAUGGAUCCAUCUGGCACUUGCCACGCCAACAGGCCUGCCUACUCAGCUGAACGGGGGUACGAAAUCGGGUGGUCUCCGGUGGCCCACUGCUCACACCGAGGCAAAUACAACUCAAACCCAAUGCAUAGCGAUUCUUGAUCAGCUGCACGCAAACCAGUGGUCCUUGCCAUCCAGUUAUGAGAAAUCGGGUUCUGCCGAUCACUUGACUACGAGUAGUUUCAGAUUCACUCCACGUCGAGUCUUCUUGCUCGAUGUUGCGCCCUUGGCGGUUUCCAUUCUUUCGCUUAGCUCAUCCAGCUUGCGUCCACUAAAUUCUCAGUUGUACAGCCAACAGGAGAAGUCAACUUUGAAGUCCAUUGUGGAGAUCAUGCUGAGUCUCGGGCUGGACUGGUCUCCGCAACAGAACUCCGAGACAGGAGAAGUGGAAUUUCAGCUAGAACCUACACUGGACUUCAUCACUGACUUCUCAGGAUUAUCCAAUGGCCUUCGGUCAAUCGCCCAUAUGACAAAACAGCUGAUCGCCCGUGAAUUAGGUGUGGAGCGUCUCCGGCGUUCUCAGCGUGUUCUACAUGCUGCGACAUCCCAGACGGCGACAGCUGCCACCUUGAAGCCUAGAUUAGAAGAUGCUAAACCCUCGGUGCCUAUUCAACCGGAGGCAGAUUCAAAGUCCAAAACAAAGCUUAGAAAAGAUUUCUUCGGCAGACCAAUGGCGGAUCCAGCAAAAGCUCAAACUCCGCUAGUCCCGCCCACCAAAGGUUGGUUUAUUUAUUUUUGCACCAUAUCUAUAUUCCAUCGUAUUCUACAGGUGAUUGCACUGUGGAACAAAGAAGCUUGAUUAACCAAGCCGUCUACUAUCGAUUCAGAGAAGGGUACUCCAAUGCUGUCCGACGUCCCGUCACUCUGCGAAACUUUCUAUGAGAAUAACGACAGUUCACUUGUCGAUGGUCAAAUGUUUACUUUAGAUAACGAGU